AUGCAAGGUGGAGAAUACGAUAAGACCCGUUGGUUCGAUCUAAUCAAGCAUGGAAGAGUCGAAGAUGUAGCUUCAGAAUUAGAGCGCUUCCCAAAAAAUUUUCUCCUGGCGUUAACUGAUAAUUCUCAAUCUCGUCACACAUGUCUUUUCCAUGCUAUCCAAUCAGAAAAUGCUGAGCGCGGGAAUCAAUUAGUUGAGCUUUUAUUAAGAGAAGGCGCGGACUGCAAUUACAAAGUGUCCUAGGAUUUUUUUAAAAAUUAUUUAUUUUUUUAUUAAAUCGGUCCUUUUGCCAAUAAUACCUUUUAUAAAUUAAUUUUUAAAUAAGCCUUACAAAGACAUGCUCCAACAAACAGCUUUAUUUUAUGCAUCUCGUUAUGGCCGAGAUCGACAAGUAGAAAUGCUCCUAAACGCAGGCUCAGAUCCAAACCAGAGAGACGCUUAUGGACAAACUGCUCUUUAUUAUGCAUCUCGUGAAGGCCACUGCUCCACAAUAAAUAUUUUGAUCUCAAGAGGCUCAGAAGUAAACUCAGUCGACAACCAAGGCCAAACUGCAAUUUUUUAUUCAAGCCGCGAAGGAAAAUUCGAAGCAUCUCGAACACUUGCAGAAAAUGGGGCAAAUGUAAAUUAUACCUAAAAAAUUAUUAUAAUUAUUCCCUCAAUUUUUCUUUUAUUAAUUAUUAUAAAAUCAUAGAAAAAAGGCAUAUUUAGAUAAAACAAAAAAUACUCCUUUGACCUGGGCACGAAGAUCAAAUAACCAGCAGCUCGUAGAAUAUUUGAUAUCUAAAGGGGCAAUAGAUAGGUCAUCAAAGGCAAAAAAAGAGGAUGGAGGGAAAAAGAAAGAAGAAAAAAGGAAAAGCGAAAAGAAAUUAAAAUGCCAAUUGAUGAUUGUGAAUGAUAAAGGAGAAGAAAGACCAGCUACACAAGAAGAAUUGGCUGAGUUUGAAAAUAAUUUUCCUGAUAUAGCGAAAUAUUGGAAAAACCCAGAAACUUUGAAGGAUUUGGAAACGAUGGACCCAGACAUUGUUGAUAAAUUGAAACCAUGGGAAAAGCCAGGGAAAAAACUCAUAAAUGUAUUGUGGAGGACUAAUCACUCAUGGAUUUUUCAUGAACCUGUAGACCCAAUGAAGCUGAAUUUGCCUGAUUAUUUUGAUGUGGUGAAAAAUCCGAUGGAUUUUGGGACUAUUAAGAAAAAACUGAAUAACAAUGUACAGUAAAUAGGCCAAAUAGCACAAAAAAUAAUAAUAAUAAAUUUUAAAAAAUAAAAUAAUAUUUUUUUUAUGUAUAUAUACAUCAGGCGAAGAGUUUAUUAAAGACCUCGAAUUAGUCUUCUAUAACUGCAGGCUUUUUAAUCCUCCAGAGUCUGAUGUGAUUAAGAUGUGUAAUCAAGUUCAAAGCGUAUAUCAAACCCAGCUGCAACAGUUAGGACUUGAGAAAUACAAACAGCAAUAA